UAAAUAUGACAUUCAUGACUUGCAGAUUAGCUAUAUUUUGAAUUUCUUUCGAUUCAAAAUGGAUUGAAUUAGUUCAAGUUUCAUCAUCUCUUUUUGGCCAAAAAACAAAAGACGAUCCGAUGAAAAACUGGUCUACCAGCAGCACUGAUGAGCUUGAGAAAGAGAAAAUAGCAGAUGAACUUUCCGCCCUGAUGGAGAAUUCCGAGUUUGAGAAAGAUCUAUCGACCAAUACAGGCAGAGAAGUUAUGACGGGGAUAGAAAAACUUGAGUCCAAGAUGAAAAAGAUGGAAGAUCAACUGUAUGAAGCCAAAAAGAUCCGAGAGCAGCUUUCUCAUGUUACAAGUGAGUUAAAGACUACACGAGCAAUCGUACUAAGCGUUGAGACAAAACUAGAAGCUGCCAUAGAUGCAAAGCUCGAGGCAUUGAAACAGACAGAACUAAAGGAAACUGAAUUACAAAUUGAAAAGGAAAAGAACAAAUCGCUUUUGAUGCGUGUAUCAGAGAUCAAUGAAACUAUUAUGCACUCGAGGGUCGCUGCCAUUGAAGCAGAGAAAGAGAAAUUUGUUGUUUUAUCAGAAAAAGAGGCCAAGAUAGAGUUAGAGAAAGCAAUAGCACUUGAAGCCGAGGAAAAGUUGGAAUAUAUGAGAAAAGAGUUACAAGUCUUGGAGGAUUUGGAGAAUCAGAUCAUGGUUAAGUCCAAAGCUAUUGAAUCGCUAAAGGUGGAACUAAACCAGGCUAAUGAGCUACAACAAUUAUCUGAGAAAGCUGCUCCUGACGCCAUUAAUGAAAUAAAUCAGUUAAAAUCAGAUUUAGAAAUGCAAGAAAGAAAGAACAUGGAUCAAUCGGACUACGUUGAAUUAUUGGAAAAUGAAGUGAAUAAGUGUGCUAAAGAACUUAAAACAGCAAAGAAAGAACUGCAUUGCCUGGAUUCGUAUUAUGAGACUACAAAAAUUGAGUUAAAGAAUGCAAAAAUUGAGAUGAAAGAGAUUACAGAAAGAGAAACAGAAGCACGGGUUGAGAUAUCAACGCUGAAAUCCGAGCUUGAAAAGGCCAAGAAAGAGAACCAAAGUCUUGAAGAAGAAUCUAAAAACUCUGCCAUUGUCAACCCCCAACAUGACAACUCUUGUAAACAUACUAACAAUGGCUGUGUCAUGAUGUCGAAGGAGGAGUACGUGGCACUGAUUGGAAAGGCGGCGAAGGGGGAGAAGGUUGUACAGAAUUCUGAAAGCGGGUGCGAAUUGGGGAUAUUGAAGAAAGAAUUGGAGACAAUGAGUGUGAAAGUGGGGGUGUUGAGGACGAGGGCAGCGCAGGCAGCGAGCAGAGCUGAGGUGGCGGAGAAAGGGAAAGCGGAAUUGGAGGAUCAGAUGAGGAAGUGGAAAGAGCAGAGGGAGAAGAGAAAGGCUGCAUUGGCUGCACUCAAAGAGGAGUCAAUUUCCAAAGAAAGUAGUACUAGUAGUGGUUUUGAAUAUGAACAAGAGGUUCCUAAAACAUAUGUGCCUUUGGCUAAGGUGCUCAACUUGAAAUUUUAGUUUUAUUUGGUUUUGCAAGAAUGUUGUGUACAAAGGACUGUCUCAGUGUCACUUCCAAUGCGAGAAACUCUUGUCAUUGGGGGGCGUUUGGUAGGGUCAGAUGUACGCAACUUUAUAAGUCUAUGUAGAAAGCUAUGUAUUCUAAGAGGAUUAGUGUUUUUACACUCUUCCUAUUCCAUAUUCAUUAUUAUAGAACUUUCAAUUUAGACCUCAAUGAGGUGCGCUGA